AUGCGUAAGGCUUUCAAUCCAUCAAAGCUGAUGGGGCUACCCAGGCGCCGCAAAAGUGGGAACCCAUUUGAUGAUGUAGACACGGAUGCGCAGGAGAGAUUGCCGCCCGACCUAAAGAAUGUUAGUGCCGCCGGCAUGGUUGGACGCCCACAAAGCAAAAGCGAUGACCUCGCUUCAGAAUACGACAGUCAGGAGCCGAUCUAUGACGACGACGACGUCGAAGAAGAAUAUACCGAUGACGACCCGACCGCAUCGUACGACGACGAAGAGUACAGCGACGACGAAGACGAAGACGUUUACGAAGCGUCCGAGUACACCGAAGAAACUGCCGGCACGGAGCAAGGCGACGACUACGACGAAGACGACUACGAAGAAACCAUCCAAUCUUCUACGUACGACGAGGACGCGAGCGAAUACACCCGCGAUAGCGGCGAAUAUACUUUGGAAAGCGGGGCUGCUGGUAACUCUGCCCCCGGGAACCGUGCCGAAAUAGACGAGGAUGAGUACUUGGACGACGUCGACGCCAACACAGCCAGUGCCGCUCCUAUCGGAAGUGCCCCGGCCCGCAGCGUUGCACCUACCGCCCUUGCUGUGGGCACAGGCGUUGCUGCGGGCACAGGCGUUGCAGCCUCCAGCGGCGGCUUCUUGCGCGGAUUCCGACGCAUGAACGUAGCGAACGAGCCGCCCUCGACGCGCCCAGCGCCCGGCACCCAGUCUCGCGGUCUCUUUUCGCGCCUGCAAAAGAUUGGGCAGCGCAACCAAGCGGCGCCAGCGCUUGCGACGGAACCCUAUCAAGCCAACACGAUUGCCGGCCGUGCUAACGGCGCCAUUCGCGACUUGGAGAAGCGCUCCACUGCCGCUCAACCAAUGCAAGCGCCGCCGCAAGCACCGGUGCGCCGCACUGUCUCGACGGUCCGCAAAGACAAUGCAGUGGGCAUGCGCUCGCGCGCCGAGCAAGCAGUCCUAGGCAACCCCGUUGCCGAACAAGGCGCGCCUGUCCAGUCUACUGCCGCUGUUGCCCGCCAGCCCAGCGUUCACUCUAACCUGCAAGACAAUGGCUCUGUUUAUGGCUCUGAGUACACGAGUACCUCGAUGACCCGGUCGCGGCGCCACGCUACGUCCCGCUCGAGCACCGAUAUGUUUGACAACGAGUCUGCUUAUACUGAAACUAUUUCCGACAGCGCCCGGGCCACCGAGGCGGGCAUGACGCCGAUGGGCUCGCCGAAAAUGGCACCGCGCGAAGAGAUUUUGCUCCGCGAAGAAACGCGUGGAAAGGUCCCCGAGCUGGUCGAUCCUUUCGGCGGCGGAAUGUCGCUCAGUCGCUUCUCGCGCGACAUGCAGCGUCCCGAAAGCAUCGAACCGAGCCUGUUUGACGGCAACUCGGGCCAACCUUCGAGCCCGCUGAUCCCCAUGAGCGGCCCGCUGAGCGGGCAGCGCACCUCGAUGGACGAGCACAGCUCUGUCUUGCGCACUAAUCGCCCCAUCACGCCGCACACUACACGCUUGGAGUCGACGUAUGCGUCGCCCGCGGAGUACAGUCGGCACGCGGCCACACCAUCCUUUGCCACCGCAGAAUUCCAGUCGGUCAUGUCGGACGAUGCCACCAAGCUGCAGUCGCCCGUGCGGAUCAACCGCAAAAAGGUGGCGUCGGACCUGUCGCUGGCCGAGCGCCAGCGCCUCGCGCGCAGCAAACCAAGCACGAGCAUUCCCGAGAGCACCAGGGACGAUGUGCCGCCAGUGCCGCCAGUGCCGCCCAUCUCGAUAUUGCCUCAGCGCACUGCCGCGCCUAAAUCCCGCACCAAGCCGCGCCCCGCCAAUUUCCGCGGCCUCGAGCACAAGGUGCCUGGCCGAGUGCAGCGGAAUACGCAGCGCGUGACGCGCGAUCCCCAAAGCUAUUUGCUCACGCCCUCUGUCGCCCCAAGCGAUGCCGGCUCUGACGAUGUGGCCAUGCUCACCAUGGAAAGCAAGCCGCCCAAGCCCAGCGGCUCUUGGCUCCUGCGCGAUAUGACCCCCGAGCAGACGCACUACUUUUUGCGCGAUAUGGUGAGCAAGGAGCUCGACUGGGAGCUCGACCGCACAUGGCUCUUGAACUCGUUUGACAAGCCCGUCGGCCACUCGCGCUCACGCACGGGCCAUUUGCACGACCAAGAUUCGCGCCUCGACGACUUUUCCAGCGAGGAAGAGGCGUACACCGAUGUGGACGAGUUUGACGAAGAGGCCGUCUUCCGCCGCGACGUGUACAAACCAAUCCGCAGCGGCGAGAGUCUUGAUCUUCCUCUGCUGCGCUUUUUGAUCAAGAAUGCAUUCUGCACCUUUCCCCUUUUUGUUCCUCCCGAGCGGAAGCGCACCGAUCGCCCUGCGCCUAACAAGGCCGCCUUUGCCCGCUCCUACUUUUUCGCAGCUAUUCUUCCCAUCCUCCGCGAAUUGCAAGCGCGCUCGCUCAGCGCCGCUGUUGACCGCCACGGCGAGGACGAAGGCAUGCCGUUUAGUGCCAUGAGCACCACACGAGCCGUAUUUUUGCUGCUGCGCAAAUGGGCUGUGCGCUACACAACCGCUGUGCUUCGCGUCGGGAGCGGCAAUCCCUACUUCGGCAUCGACACGCUAGACCAAGUGCACAACCGCAGCUGGCCGUGGCCCUCGGCGGAUCUCUUGCCGCCUGAAGCCUACGUGAGUUACCGCAAGCCCACCGAUCGCCUCCGCCUCGGUGGAUUCGAGGUGGAUGUUGUUGCUGUGCGCGUCCAUGCACAGCACGAGCGCGACUUCCUCUUGCGUAUCCGUCGCCCCAACAGGAUCGACGAGUUUGUCGUGCGCAACGAUCUCGACUGGGAAGAGUUCCGCGAGAAGCUGUCCAAAGAGCUCGGUCCCUUUGUCCACAUUCGCCCUCUUCCCCGUCUCCCCGGCGCGGCGGAAAGCAAGCGCAUGCUCCCGUCCACUACGACGGACUCCUCAAGCUACACAAAGACUAGCUAUGAAGAGUCAACGCUCGACGACGACGAGGGCAGCUACCUCACCGAGACCGAAACUGCCUCCCAUACCGAGUACAGCGACGACGACAGCUCUGACGACCGUUCGAUAAGCACCGUCAGCAAAGCUCGUCCGCCACGUGGAACGCGUGCCGCUGAUAUUUUGCGCCCGCUCUAUGGGCAGCGAAACAGGCCCCCACCCAAGUUUGAGGCCGAUCGCCGCCUGCUCCGCGCCUGGCUCCGCGACACGCUCGCGGUGCGCAGCAUUGGCGAAAGCCAAGAAGCGCGUGCGUUCCUCAGCAUUGGCAACUUUCACGACCGUGACUUGGACACGAACGAGCUGCUCAACAUUGCCGAGCGUCGCCGCGUCGACUGCAGCCGCAUCGAGGAGCGCGAGAAGGAUGCCGAGCUUGCGGGCGAGAAUGUGCUUGGCAUCCGCCGCGUCCAGCAGCGCAUUUGGGCCGACUGUGUGGACGGAGACGGCUUCUUGAAAAUGUACGACGCACUCAAGUCCACACCCGACUUUCCUGAGCUGCCCAUGUCGUACCAGACGAUGGUCUCUUGGGGCAAUUUGCAAAUCGCGCGCUUCUUGUACGGCGUCUUUGUCCAAGGCGACGAGUCGCGCGCGAAUCUUGCGCGUGUCACGGAUAUGUUUGAAGCGGUUCCUUGGCGGAAACUCGCCAACGCGAUGCGCCUCCCUGCCUUUCAAGCGCUCGGCGAGUGGCAAAAGCAAUUUUUGCGGAACCGCUUCCUCCAGAACCUGUUUCAGGUCUCGUUUGAGGACAAUCCAGUGGCGAUGGACGAGGAUCUGCGUGCCUUGCAGCACCAGAUCGGCUCCGAUACCAUGAUCCGGAAGCUGCGCGCGUACGUGGAAAGUCCCGAGAGCCUGAAGCGCCUUGUGCGCGACCAUGCAUCCCGCGCGGAUAUUCCGCUCGUCGCCGCGAUUGUCCGCGGAUCCGAAACGCCGAAACUCAACAAGAACGAAGUUCAGCGCGUGAUUCUUGCGACGCGCACCUACAUGGACUUUAUCAAGACCUGCCCGAACGCGGCCAAGAAGAAGGCACACAAAGAGCCCGGCUACGUAUUGAUUGUCAACUUGCAGCGUGUCUUGCGCCUCUAUUCGCUCCACCGCGACGUGACACAGGUCCGUGGGAUGCUGCAGGACCCCGCGAUUCUCGAUGCACUCACCAUCUUUUUCGAUCCGCUCAACGACGCACUUGUCCGGCUCCACCGCGUCAAAGGGAUUCGCCAGGAUAUCCUCGAUCUGCGUACGUGGCUCACGCGCUUGCUCGAGCUUCUCGCGACGCUGCGUGCGCGCGUUCAGGAUCCUGCGCGCUCGAUUAACCUCUUGGCCAGCUUUUUGGACCGCGGCGCCCUGGGCUGGUACAAUUUCCUGCACCGCUGGGCCGCCGCCGACCCCGUCGUCUUCAACUUCUUUGCUUGGUUCCGCCACUUGGCCAUGACGAUCGGCGCGGGCUCCGAGGACCUUGCUGAUAUUUGGGAUCCCCCGCUGAACGCAAUGCACGAAGCUGUGCGCGAAGAGAGGCUCGAGACGGACGAUGCGGAAGCAACGGCGCUGCGUGCCGCGAGCCUUGCGAAGCUUGCUGCCGAAGGCGAUGGUGCCAAGGACGCAGAUCCGCGCCUCGACGAGCUUAUGGUCCAUGAGAUCGUCGAGCUUGCCGAGGCUGCACGGCGCAAGCGCGCGAGGCAAAUGGAGAUUGCGUGUCGCUGGUCCGCUGGUGAUACCGAGGCCGACUUUAGCAUCCAGGUCAUGGGCGAUGGCAGUGGGCAUAUGCGGUCCGAGCCUUUUCUUCCGAAAGAGCCGAGGCCUGCACCCAAGACGACGGCGCUGGACCGUUUGCGCCGCAGUUUCCGCGAAGCGGUCUCGAGCGCGCUUGCACGAUGA